AUGAGUAAUACAAAGAAAGACCCGGCUGAUUUACUAGCUUCUUUGAAGAUCGACAAUGACAAGGAGGGCACAAUCGGAGCUUCAACGGGAGAGACAGUUGCAACCCAACCAGAAAAAACCGCUGAUCUGGCCAAAGUUGAAGAAAAAAUAGCUCCAAAGACUGAAGAGGAAAAAGAAAAGGAAAAAGAUAGUAACUUGAUUAGCUCGGAAUAUGAGGUCAAGGUCAAACUUGCCGAUAUCCAGGCUGAUCCAAAUUCCCCAUUGUAUAGUGCCAAAUCCUUUGACGAAUUAGGAUUAGCGCCAGAGCUAUUAAAGGGUAUAUAUGCGAUGAAAUUCCAAAAACCAUCCAAGAUCCAAGAAAGAGCGUUACCGUUAUUAUUGCAUAACCCACCUAGGAACAUGAUUGCUCAAUCUCAAUCGGGUACCGGUAAGACUGCCGCCUUUUCCUUAACGAUGUUGACAAGAGUAAACCCAGAAGACGCAUCUCCACAGGCAAUUUGUUUAGCCCCAUCCAGAGAACUGGCUAGACAAACAUUAGAUGUUAUUCAGGAAAUGGGUAAGUUUACAGAAAUAACCAGCCAAUUGAUUGUCCCAGAUUCUUUUGAAAAAAACAAGCAAAUCAAUGCCCAAGUAAUUGUUGGUACCCCAGGCACAGUCCUCGACUUAAUGCGUAGAAAACUGGUGCAAUUACAGAAAAUCAAGAUUUUUGUUUUAGAUGAGGCGGACAACAUGUUGGAUCAACAAGGUCUAGGUGAUCAAUGUAUUCGUGUUAAAAGAUUCUUACCUAAGGACGCCCAACUAGUUUUGUUCAGUGCUACCUUUGCUGAGGCGGUUAGACAGUACGCAAAGAAGAUUGUUCCCAAUGCUAAUACGUUAGAAUUACAAACGAAUGAGGUCAACGUUGAUGCUAUCAAACAAUUAUAUAUGGACUGCAAAAACGAAGCCGAUAAGUUUGAAGUUUUGACUGAGCUUUAUGGUUUAAUGACCAUUGGAUCCUCUAUUAUUUUCGUUGCAACCAAAAAAACGGCAAACGUCUUAUAUGGUAAAUUGAAGAAUGAGGGCCAUGAAGUUUCUAUCUUGCAUGGUGACUUACAGACUCAAGAAAGAGACAGAUUAAUAGACGACUUCAGAGAGGGUAGAUCCAAAGUUCUUAUUACCACCAAUGUUCUUGCUCGUGGAAUCGACAUUCCUACAGUCUCAAUGGUAGUCAACUAUGAUCUUCCCACGCUUGCCAACGGGCAGGCCGACCCAGCCACUUACAUUCACAGAAUUGGUAGGACUGGUAGGUUCGGAAGAAAGGGUGUUGCGAUCUCCUUUGUACAUGACAAGAACUCUUUCAACAUUCUAUCCGCAAUUCAAAAAUACUUCGGUGAUAUAGAAAUGACUCGUGUUCCAACAGAUGAUUGGGACGACGUCGAAAAAAUAGUGAAGAAAGUGUUAAAGAAUUAG